GCAUCUUUAUCAUCAAAACAAGAACUAUAAAAAGCAUCCAUCUAAUUCAUUUUACACUCACUCACUCUAUCUCCAAAUAUGGAAAUAUCAUUGCUCAGAAUUGCAGUUUCCAUAGUUUCAGUUGUGGUACUAAUAACAUGGGCAUGGAGAGUGCUGAAUGGGUUCUGGCUGAGGCCAAAGAAGCUAGAGAAGUGCUUAAGGGAGCAAGGUCUUAAUGGCAACUCCUAUAGGCUUUUUUUUGGAGACUUGAAGGAGAUCUCUAAGAUGACAAGUCAAGCCAAGUCUAAACCCAUCAACGUAUUCACCCAUGACAUUGCGCCGCGUGUCUUACCCUUCGUCCAUCAAGUUGUGACCAAUUAUGGUAAGAAUUCUUUUACAUGGAUGGGCACAACCCCCAGGGUGAACAUUAUGGACCCUGAAAAAUUAAAAGAAAUCUUCUCCAAGAUAUAUGACUUUCAAAAGCCAAAUGCAAGUCCACUUGUCAAGUUACUAGCAACCGGACUUCCAAGUUAUGAGGGUGAGAAAUGGGCUACACACAGAAAGAUUAUCAGUCCAGCAUUCCAUCUUGAGAAGUUGAAGAAUAUGUCAGCAGCAUUUUAUCUGUGUUGCGGUGACAUGAUAUGCAAAUGGGAAAGUUUGGUGUCUAAAGAGGGAUCAAUUGAGUUAGAUGUAUGGCCUUAUCUGCAAACAUUGAUAACUGAGAUGAUUUCUCAAACAGCCUUUGGGAGUAGCUAUGAUGAAGGACGUAAGAUUUUUGAACUCCAAAGAGAACAAGCUGAGCUUGUGAUGAAAAUUGCACUGUCUAGUUAUAUUCCGGGUUGGAGGUUUUUGCCAACUAAAAUAAACAAGAGGAUGAAAGAAGUUGACAAAGAAUUACAAGCUUCACUUAAAGGCAUUAUCAACAAAAGAGAGAAGGCAGUAAAAGCAGGUGAAGGCAUAACUGGUGACUUACUAGGCAUACUUCUUGAGUCCAACUUUAAAGAAAUUCAAGAACAUGGGAACGACAAGAAUGCAGGAAUGAAUCUCCAAGAUGUAAUUGAGGAAUGUAAGAUAUUUUAUUCUGCGGGACAAGAGACCGUCUCAGUUUUACUUGUUUGGACAAUGGUUAUUCUGAGUAGGUAUCCAAGUUGGCAAGAACGUGCAAGAGAAGAGGUCCUACAAGUCUUUGGUAAAAACAAACCAGAAUAUGAUGGGUUAAUUCACCUCAAAAUUGUGACCAUGAUUUUGUAUGAAGUUCUAAGACUAUAUCCACCUUCAAUUUCCCUUUAUCGAACUGUUCAUGAGGAAACAAAACUCGGAAAUUUGAUUUUACCAGCUGGAGUUCAACUCUGCUUACCGGCAAUCCUUGUUCAUCAUGACUGUGAACUUUGGGGUGAUGAUGCAAACGACUUCAAUCCAAAUAGGUUUGCUGAAGGGAUUUCAAAAGCAACAAGGGGUCAAGUUUCAUUUUUCCCAUUCGGAUGGGGUCCUCGGACGUGCAUUGGACAAAAUUUUUCUAUGAUAGAAGCCAAAAUGAUUCUGUCUGUGAUUCUACAACACUUCUCCUUUGAGCCUUCCUCGUGUUAUGCACAUGCUCCUUUCUCAAGUAUAACUCUUCAACCACAAUAUGGUGCUCACAUUAUUCUACGAAAGCUUUAGAAUAGAAAAUAGAAGUUGCUGUCAAAUAAGCUUUGCAUUCGUGACAAAAGCAACAUCUCAUAUGUAUAUUGAUACUAUUGGCAAAGUGUCGUAUCUUCUUUCAAAGGAUACUAUUUUCAUUUAGAGAUUGGCUUUUGAAUAAUAAUACUGAAGUUGUUAUAAGAGAAA